AUGACAGACAGAAGCCAGCAGGAGUGGGAGAUCAAGAGCAUCAUCGGUGAUCGAAAAUUCGAAGGUUCAUCAAUUUGUCAGUACUUGGUAGACUGGUUGCCAGUCACUGUCCACGAGACCGAGCUGAAGGAAUUGCUCGCCAGCACUAUCGAUGGUCACUGUUUGGAACACGAAGUUCGUCGCACGCAAUACCUGGAAGGACGACCUGGGUAUGUCAUGUUACACUGGGAGCCGAGCUGGGUAUUGUAUGAUCAUUGUGACACGGACGCUGCUGAAGCGUACUAUGCUUUGGCUGAUAUUGUUCGCAAAUGCCGCGAGUCGACUUCGUUUGUUGAGGGCACAAGUGGUGACUGGAAGAGAACCUGGAGGUUCCCAUGGCGAUCGGGUACCCAAGUAUGGGAGAAGCAGAAAUCUCAUGGCGAAGAUGGUCUUGCGGUGUGGACGAUGCUUCGGUUGGAUAUGAUAGGCUGA